AUGCCGGGUGACGGAUUGACCAUCAAAAGUCGCAUCAGGAAACUGCUGAGCUCGCCGUCGGGCAAACACGGGAAGGACCGCAGGGACAACCUGGAAGGAAAGGUGACGUUAGAAAAAGUUCUGGGUAUCACCGCUUUGGGCAACAGCUGCCUGGCCUGUGACCCAAAAACUGGACUGGUGGCUUAUCCUGCAGGGUGUGUUGUGGUACUGCUGAACCCCAGAAAGAACAGACAGCAGCACCUCAUCAACACGUCAAGGAAGACCAUCACGGCUCUGUCCUUCUCCCAGGAUGGCAAAUACUUGGUCACCGGCGAGAGCGGCCACCUUCCCGCGGUGCGGCUGUGGGACGUGUCGGAGCGCCGGCAGGUGUCUGAGCUCCAAAAGCACGAGUACGGCGUCUCCUGCGUGGCCUUCUCGCCCGACGGCAAGUACGUCGUCAGCGUGGGCAACCAGCACGACAUGAUGGUCAAUGUCUGGGCCUGGAAAAAGGAUGUGGUCAUAGCCGCCAACAAGGUGUCCAGCAAGGUGACGGGAGUGUCUUUCUCUGAGGACAGCUCCUACUUUGUGACGGUGGGCCACAGGCAUGUCAAGUUCUGGUAUCUGGACCGCUGCAAGGCCACGAAGGCCAGCACCCCGGUCCCUCUGUUGGGGCGUUCGGGUCUACCGGGCGAGCUGAGGAACAACUUCUUCUGCGACGUGGCCUGCGGGCGAGGCCAGAAGUCCGACUCCACUUUCUGCGUCACGUUCUCCGGCCUGCUUUGCGAGUUCAACGGCAACAGGAUGCUGGACAAGUGGGUCGACCUGCAGACCAGCAUGGCCCAGUCUCUGUCUCUGUCCUCGGACCGGAUCUUCUGCAGCUGCGCCGACGGAACGGUUCGCGUCUUCAGCCCGCUUGACCUGCGUUUCGUCUGCACGCUGCCUCGGCCGCACCCCCUCGGAGCGGACGUCGCGUCCGUCACCCAAGCCAGUCAUCUACUCUGCAGCAGGACCGACGCCCGCUACCCGGACGCCGCGGCCGUAACCUACGACCCCGUCAGCCGCUGGCUGAGCUGCGUGUACGCCGACCACAGCGUGUUCGUGUGGGACGUGGCCGACUUCACCCGGGUGGCCAAGGUCCACUCGGCCCUCUUCCACGCGGCCUGCGUCUGGGACCUCGAGAUGGUUCCGGAUGUUCCCGGGGUGAUAACGGCGAGUCUGUCGCCCGGCGCCUUCCUCAGCUGCUCGUCCGACAGCACCAUCAGACUUUGGCGCGUGGACGAGCGCGCGGGCCUUCAUUCUCGGAACAUCCUCAGCACCGACCUCCUUAAGAUCAUCUACACGGGCGCGAACACGGCCGGCUUGCAGGAAGCCGAGAAUCUGACCAAUGCGGAUAAACCUGCGGACGGACAGCCGGCGGAAAGCAGGACCGGAAUCCGCACAGUCUGCGUCAGCCCGGAUGGGCAACAUUUAGCGUCUGGGGACCGAAACGGGAUCCUCAGAGUUCACGACCUCAGCAGCAUGGAAGAGAUUCUGAAAGUGGAAGCUCACGAUGCGGAAAUCCUCGGCCUGGAGUACAGCAAACCACAAACAGGUCUGCAGCUUCUGGCCACGGCGAGCCGGGAUCGUCUGAUUCACGUGCUGGACGCCGCGUCCGACUACGGCCUGGUGCAAACGCUGGACGAGCACUCGUCGUCCAUCACGGCCGUUCGCUUCGCCGCCAAUGACGGCAAAGUGAGGUUGAUCAGUUGCGGGGCGGAUAAAAGCAUCUAUUUCCGCACCGCACACACGAGCGAUAGAGGAACAGAGUUCCGCCGUUCUCACCACACGGUGAGGAAGACCACGCUGUACGACAUGAACGUGGACCCCAGCUGCAAGCACGUGGCGGUGGGCUGCCAGGACCGCUGCAUCAGAAUUUUCAACGUCAGCAACGGCAAACAGAAGAAACUCUACAAGGGCUCGCUCAGCGACGACGGGAGCCUGCUCAGGGUUCAGAUCGAUCCGUCUGGUCAGUAUGUGGCCGCCAGCUGCUCCAACAAAAACAUCAGCAUCUUUGACUUCUACACCGGCGAGUGUGUAGCCACCAUGUUUGGACACUCAGAGAUCGUGACCGGUCUGAGGUUCACCAACGACUGCAAGCAUUUGAUCAGCGUGUCGGGCGACAGUUGCAUCUUUGUGUGGCGUCUGGCUCCGGAGCUGACCAUCAGCAUGCAACAGAAGCUCUUUCACCUCCGACAGCCUCUCAAGACCGCCCCCUUCAGGCGAGAGGCGUGCAGCGCUCCGGCCCUGCGGGGCCUCUCCUCAGACAGCGAACGCGACGACGACGACGUGAGCCUCCGCCGCGCCGGCGACUCCGAAGACGGCUCCAGCAACAGCGCAUCCGCUGACAGCAGUCACGGCGAGGAAGACACGGGCGGCUCGGAGGAAGCACCGGAAUGGGAACCGGCAAAACUCGCCGCGCCCACGCCGGUCGUCAGUCGUCGUCCUCGUCGUCGCUGGUCUCGUCGUAAGGGCUCUCUGGACCUCAAGGUGGUGUCCAUGUUGGACCUGAGGGAGCUGGAGACCUUCAUAUCCAACAAACCUGCCGACGGGGCGGGCGGCACCAGCCCGGACCGUCCCGACGGGCACUUCCGUCAGCCCGUCGCCUGCUGUGAUUGGCUGUCGUCUGAAGGCGUGGAGGAUUCGGGUCGGGCGAGGCUGGCGAGGGAGGACGACGACGAUGGCGCCGAUCCACAAGACAGCGACGACGCAGCAAAGGCUUCGUGUCGCAGGAAGCGUCAGGUCCUCGGCCAGAGCCAGGACAGCUGCAGCCCGGACAGCGCCUGCUCGCUGGGUUACGAUAGCCGCGGAACCAGUCCCGAUGGCGUCCUGGACGACUCCGCAGACAACACGUCGCUUAGCCCGGACAGCUCGGAGGACGAGGACGAAGAAGAGGUGACGAAAGCCGAGGUCAUCCGUCCGGACGAGUCUCGGACCGGACAAGAAGAUUUCCUCAAACAGAACUUUGAGACGCUGGCGGAUGCCUGCAGCAAAAGCGAGCCGAGCCGGGCCCCGAGGCUGAGCAUGUCUUCGCGCUUCCUGGCCAGAGGACAUCACAACAGGGGGGGUCCUCCGUUUUCCAAAGCGCAGGGAAAGGAAGCAGGAGGCGGCCUGACCCUGACCCACAAGCCGCCGGUGUCCAAAGUCCGCCCCCUGAUGGAAAACGGCAUGAGCAGAACCGCGGACGUCAAAACCCCCGUUUCUCCGAGUGCCACCCAGGGGCCAAGGCUCGUCACGGGCUCUGCAGUUAUCCCGAGACCCCAAAAGAAGACCACUUCGGGUUCCCACAUUUGGAGGUUCUCCACGCCACCGUCCAGACCGCCGCCGCCCGAAAGAACCGUCAGUCUGCACAAGUCCCAGUCCGCCCAGAACCUCACUUUAGCCUCUCCACGCUCUCCGCUGCCCUCUAGCGACCGCAAGGAGUGGUGCAAGAGGCCCCAGCACCUCCCCCUGGACCGAGACCCUCUCAAGUCCUCGUCCUUGCAAGUGUCCUCACCCUCGCCGGGCUCGCCUCAGUCUCCUCGCUCCUACAUGAACCCCACGGCCAGCUCCAUGGCCAAAAGCAGCCGCUCGUCCUCUGUGGGCGAGGGCGUCCACCCUGGCCUCGAGCUGUCCCCCUUCCCCAAGGCUCGGAAAUCCUGGGGGGAUCUGGACGCGGCGGAGACCGCCUGGCACCCCCUCGUCGCCGUCCCGCCGACGCCAUCUCGCAUCCCUCAGCCCAAGCAGCCUCUCAGCCCCCGACGCAGCCUCUGCUUGGAGGUGAAAGACGGCGCUUUUUCUCCAGGAAGUCCAAUCAAAGCUUCCUCUCCCACCGUGGCAGUCCCAUGUGAUGUCACACCCUACACAGGUUCAGCAAAGAACAAAGUGACCACAUACGAAAGUAACCAAGCUGUAGGGCCCCUGCCUGCAGAGCUCCCCCUGGUGGCGGAAGAUCCCCUCAGCCAUCCAGUUGAUCCCGUCACGUUGGACGCGUGCAGGCAGGCUGCGAGCGAGCUUCAUUUCAGUCUAAGGCGAACCGUCACGCUCUACACAGAGCUGCUCCACUGCCCUGCGGACCGCGGCGAUGAAGGCCACCGGGAGAUGGUGAGCGUGUUGUCCGAGGCGUUGGCGUCGGCCAAGGCGGACCUCGACCCGCUGCCCGGCUCCUCGAGGUCCAGCGGCGCCCCCUGGGGCUCGGAGGCCAAAGGCGAGGGCGACAAAGCCCUGGCGCUGUUGGAGCAGUACGCGGAGCUUCUGCUCAAGUCCGUGGAGAGGAAGCUGGACGGCAAGAUGUGAAGCGGGAAGUCACUCGCACGUCAAGCAGUUGGCCUUAUUUUCAUAAAGAAAUUAUUGCCUUGUCUAUUUUAUGAAGGUCGAAAUCGUAGUACGAUACAGAUGCAUAGUAUCUAACGAAAACAAAAAUCAGAAAAAAUGUUAAAGACUAUUAUGCAAAAAGAUUUUAUAUUGUAUGAAUGAACAAUUGUGUCGCUGUACAUUGUACAUACUGUACCUCAUGUAGUCCGUGAAAUAAAAACUACUACGACUGUUACUGCUGUACUAUGAGCCCCUCCCAGAUGAGGGCGCUUUUCUCCCCGCCUCCUGCCCGUUCACAGCUGCGAUAGGCUCCGGCAAUCCCCGCGUCCCUUGUGAGGAUAAGCGGCUAAGAAAAUGGGUGGACGGAUGACUCAGCUCCUUCUUUACCGCAACGGGCCGAUACAAAGUCCGCAGACGAUCUCGCGU